UGUAAGUCACAGCACUGCAUUUGCAUGUGAGGAGUGAUUAGUGGGUUUGAAAGCAGGCUCUGGUUGAGCCUCAGUUCCCGCUCUGUUCAAGUAGCAGGAGGAAGUGUUUUGCUAGGAGAUGAUGAUUGAGGUCAUGCUUUGCUAAUGGGCCAGUAAAAGAACUGUGGAGGCGAGGCACAUUGAGCAGGGACACAUACAUUAUAACACUGGAAUCAUCAUUCUAGGUGUGCACUGUGCCUGUAUACUGCACUCACACACUGCCUCUCCCGUGAUACAGUGACAGCCCCUCUCACUGCCAAUCUCUGUCUGUCCCUCAGAAACCCAGCAAGGGCUCAUCAUCUCUGGGAGCAACAAACCGCUUUAUUCCCUUACAAAACUCUUUUUAAAAAAAAAAAAAAAAACCAAGAGGAGAGACAAUCAAAAAAACAACAACACAACAACAACAGCUUCUUAUCGGAGCUGCUCCACUAACUAUUCUUCAAAGGAUCCUGACAGCAAGAAAAUGUUUCACACAGAGGGAAAACACUAACAGCCAUCCAGCAGAUGCUGGUGUGGAGUCGACAUUUUGGGAAGAGAAACACAGAUUUCAGAAUUCCAUAGAACUGCCACGUGGGAUUUGGUUGCAACUUUUCAACAUGCAAAACAGUCACAGUGGAGUUAACCAGCUUGGUGGAGUGUUUGUGAACGGUAGACCUUUGCCAGAUUCUACCAGACAAAAAAUUGUUGAGCUGGCUCACAGUGGAGCAAGACCUUGUGAUAUCUCCAGAAUACUCCAGAGCCAUGCAGAUGCAAAAGGCCAAGUACUGGAUAGUCAAAACGUGUCCAACGGGUGUGUGAGUAAGAUUUUGGGGAGAUAUUACGAGACUGGAUCCAUCAGACCCAGGGCAAUCGGGGGCAGUAAGCCUAGAGUUGCAACGCCAGAGGUGGUUAGCAAGAUUGCUCAGUAUAAGAGGGAGUGCCCAUCCAUUUUUGCUUGGGAAAUUCGAGACAGGUUGCUGUCUGAGGGAGUCUGUACCAACGACAACAUACCUAGUGUAUCAUCCAUAAACAGAGUCCUCCGCAACCUGGCGAGCGAAAAGCAACAGAUGGGCGCAGAUGGCAUGUAUGACAAGCUGAGAAUGCUGAAUGGGCAGACUGGCACCUGGGGUACCCGGCCUGGGUGGUACCCGGGCACAUCAGUGCCAGGUCAGCCUACACAGGAUGGAUGUCCGCAGCCAGAAGGAGGGGCGGAGAAUACAAAUUCCAUCAGCUCCAACGGGGAAGAUUCGGAUGAGGCUCAGAUGAGACUUCAACUGAAAAGAAAGCUUCAAAGAAACAGAACUUCGUUUACCCAGGAACAAAUAGAGGCUUUAGAAAAAGAAUUCGAACGGACCCAUUAUCCCGAUGUGUUUGCCAGAGAAAGAUUAGCUGCCAAAAUAGACUUGCCAGAAGCGAGGAUACAGGUAUGGUUCUCUAAUCGACGGGCAAAAUGGCGAAGAGAGGAAAAAUUGCGCAAUCAGAGAAGACAAGCCAGUAACACGCCAAGUCAUAUUCCCAUAAGCAGCAGUUUCAGCACCAGUGUCUAUCAACCAAUUCCGCAACCCACCACGCCAGUCUCCUCAUUCACAUCAGGCUCCAUGCUGGGAAGAACAGACACAGCUCUGACAAACUCAUACAGCGCUUUACCACCCAUGCCCAGCUUCACAAUGGCAAACAACCUGCCUAUGCAACCCCCUGUACCCAGCCAGGCAUCCACCUAUUCAUGCAUGCUACCCACAAGUCCAUCUGUAAAUGGGCGGAGCUAUGAUACAUACACACCUCCCCACAUGCAGACACACAUGAACAGCCAGCCAAUGGGUACAUCUGGCACCAACUCGACAGGUCUCAUUUCCCCUGGAGUGUCAGUCCCAGUACAAGUACCCGGCAGUGAGCCUGACAUGUCUCAAUACUGGCCAAGACUACAGUAAAAAUCGUGUUAAUUUAACCAAUGACUUUAUGGAAAAUAAUUGGAUGUUCAGCAGUAUUUUAUAAACAAGGUUUGACUGGAAAAUUACUUCUGCACAGUAACUGUGCCAUGGUUCUCUUGGAGAGACUGAAUCAUCGACUUUUGCACAUUGACGCCAUUAUAUCAGUUGGAACAAAUCUUCAUUUUGAUAUCCAAACUUUUAUCCAUUUGAUGUAAUAUUUGUAAAUUGACAUUUGUAUGUUGAGAUGAACAGAACAACAUGGAUGGAUCUGAUCUGCAUUGGUCAUGCAAACAUUUUUUUAGUGUAUUUUUUUUUUUUUUUAAGAAAGCCAUGAUCAAGCCACGAAAAAUUUGAAACAUUUUAUCAAGAUAUAUCGAUAUCGACUACUGAUUUUGUUUUUACAUGGACCAAUGCUCCACAUUUGUAUCAAGCCCUUCGCAUAGAGUGCAAAAUGGAACUGUUGUCACGACGCCCCCAUCCCCCAAAUCUCCCUGUGGUUUCCCCAAAGGUUGAUAUUGUUUCCAAAAACAAAAAAAAAAGGUAAAAAGAAAAAUUGACGAGAAAGAUGUUUGGUAGAUGAAAGGUAGAUUGUGUCUUCGAUAUAAUCCAGUUUGUUUUAUGUCGAAAUGUACGUUUUUUUUUUGUCUUCCCUAGAAAUCCCCCAGAACGAUUUCUAUAAUAAAGUUAAUUUCAUUUAUAUUUGACAACGAUAUUGUAUAGAUGUUUUAUACACAUUUCCAUGCAUCAUGCGUUUUAUUUUUUUGUUGUUGUUUUUUUUUUUGAUCAACAAAUCGUUUUACUGUUCCUAGAUAGAUUGUACAAAAAUGUUCACAGUCCAAUCAUUCCUGUGCAUUUAGAGCAUUCCUUAUACCAAUUAAAAAUGCUUGCAAGAGUUUUCAAGUUAA